AUGUCUCGCGUCGUUGUCGUCGUGGGCGUGCUGCUGUUCGCGCUGGUUGCCAAGAAGUUGGUGACAUGGAGAAACAACAUCCUCACAGCGCGAAGCAGUGGCUUCGUGGUGCGCAAGUCACCCGUGCACAUGGUCGACCUGUGGUGGUUAGGACUGUAUCCCAAGCUGGUGCCAUGGCUCAACUACCUCCCUGAUGCGUGGACCAGCGGAUGGCUGCCCCUGAGCAAAAUCUUCCACCUCUGGCAUGUCGGCCACGAACCCUUCGAGCAGCUGGGAAGCGACAACAUCAUGCUCUCCUCCCCCAACGGCAACAUGCUCUGGAGCAGCGACCCAGAGACCAUCAACCAGAUCGCGAACCAGGCCAGGAACUUCCGCAAGCCCGUCGAGUACUUUAGCUUCUUCGACACGUACGGGCCCAACAUGCAGACGUCCCUCGGCGACGACUGGAAGGCCCAGCGCAAGAUCGUCGCCCCGGCUAUUGGAUCCCACUCCAAUGCAGCCAUGUGGCAGUCCUCGCUGCGUCAGGCUGAGAGACUGACGAAGCUCAUGACCGCGGAUGGCCCCGUUAUCAGCCAUAUGAAGGACCACAUGUCGGAGAUUUCACUGCAUUGCAUCGCGCAGUGCUUCUUUAACAAAGACCUUGAGUAUGAGACCGUUGAGGAGUUUCCCACGCGAGAGCUGCCGGAGGGGCGGUUCAAGUUCGUGGAGUCCAUGUUCACUACCAUCGACAAGAUCGGUAUCAUAGAUUCGAUCCCUAAGUCGAUUCGCGCGUACAUCCCCAUGAAAAGCAUCAAACGAGCUGACAAAGCCUACUACGAUCUCCAUAGUCAUAUGACGGAGAUGUGCGACGAGGCGCUCAAAAAGGAUGCAAAUGAAAAAGACCGGAAAGACUCAGACAUGAGCAUCAUGGACACCCUAAUCGCCAGCACGCGGGCCGAGUCCCUCGAAAAGAACGGCAAAGUCAUGGACCGCGAGACAUUGACGGGCAACGUCUUCUUCUUCCUGCUCUCCGGCCACGGCACCGCAGGCAACACUUUAGGCUUCCUAAUGUUCCUCCUCGCCAUCCGCCAGGACAUCCAAGCAGAGCUGCACACCCACCUCGACGCCGAGCUCACCGGCAAGCCCCUAAACACCUGGUCCGUCACCGGCGAAUUCAUGCGCCUCUACAACGGCUACACAGGCGCCGUCCUCAAAGAAGCAAUGCGCCUGUACAACGUCGUAGAAUUCAUCCCCCGGCGCUGCACCGCGGAAGCAAACGUCACCGACCUCGACGGCAACCGCUUCACCAUCCCCCGCGACACGCUCUGCCUGCUAAACUUCACAGCCGCCUUCCGCCACCCUAAAAUCUGGCCUGCGAAACCCUCCGCCAUAGACCCUGCGACGGGAAAGUACCAUCCCAUGCUGGACUUUGAUCCCAGCCGGUGGGACAGCUACGCGGACAAGAUCACCAAGCCGUCUGAGGUCGGGCUACGCACGUACUUCCCCUUCGGGCUCGGCGGGCGGGCGUGUCUGGGGAAGAGCCUCGGGUCCAUCAUGAUGGUGGGCGUGCUAGCGUACAUAUUUACGAACUUUACCAUUGAGCUGGUGCCGUCGCGGGAGGUGGAAGAGGAGGCGAAGCGGACGGGUGCAGACGAGAAGUGGGUUGAGGAGCGGACGCGGGAGGCGGCGUUGCGGAUGCUGGUGGAUGAGGUCGAGUGCAAUUUGUUGAUUGAGCUGCGGAAGGAGCUGCCGGUAAGGUUGGUGCCGCGGAAGAAGGUGUAG